UCUCUCUUUCUCUCUCUCUCUCUCUCUCUCUCUCUCAUUCAUUUUCUCUUUUUUAUUCUUCGAAUUUAAAUUAUCGAUCAAUCAAUAUUAAGUCAAAGUGUAUUCUCGAGUAUAAUCAAUUUUAGGUUAUAUAUAUAUAUAUAAAAUUUUUUUUCCUUUACUUUUUCACAUUGAAUCUCGAUGAAACGAAAUUCGAAGUAUUAAAAGUUUAUUGUACGGUCAUAUGUAUUUAUAUAUAUAUAUAUACACAUAUAAAUAUACGCGCGCGCGCGCUCACAUAUACAUACACACAUAUACGGGAUCGUUUUUCUGAGGAAUCAUUGCAAGAUAAAGUUUGUCGGUGUUAGUUUCUUUUUUUUUCAUUUUUCUGUUCUUUUCUUUUUUUUUUUUGAGUUUGAUUUACACCGUUAUAUAGGAUCUUGAUUUUUCUCUUCUAGUUCAAAGGAUUUCUUAUACUUUCUCACCAUUUCUCUCUCUCUUUCUCUCUUUCUCUCUCUUUCUCUCUCUCUCUCUCUCUCUCUCUCUCUCUCUCUUUUUCUCUCUUUUGAAAAGUGAUUUCAAACGAUUCAUCGCGAAAAGAUUUGUCAAAAGGAUUUAGAAAGUUUCUUCGAACUCGACGUCUCUUCAGCUGUUCGUGAAUCAUGCCACGGGACUUCUUGAUUCGUUGGGAGAUGCCCUUUCUGUUGUAAGUCGAUCCUGACCAGAAGGAACUGGGGAUUCAGGAUGGGAAAGCUUUUGAGUCUUCUGGCUCGGGACGAGUCUACCUGUUGCACGCCUCAAAAGUACGACGUCUUUUUGGAUUUCGAGAACGCACAGCCCUCGGAUAUCGAACGUGAGACAUUCGAUGCCGUUCAAAGAGUCCUGAAAAAUUCUGAAUCUAUUUUGGAGGAGAUUCAAUGUUACAAAGGUGCAGGGAAAGAAAUAAGAGAAGCAAUAUCGGCCCCUACGGAGGAGUGCCAACGAAAGGCUUACUUGACCGUAGCACCGCUCGUAGCGAAGCUCAAAAGAUUCUACGAAUUUUCUUUGGAAUUGGAAAGCGUAGUACCGAAAAUACUUGGACAAUUAUGCUCGGGAAAUUUAACGCCAACGCAACACCUGGAAACCCAACAGGCUCUUGUUAAACAACUCGCUGAGAUUCUCGAAUUCGUUUUGAAGUUCGACGAGCACAAAAUGAAAACUCCAGCUAUCCAAAAUGAUUUCAGUUACUAUCGUAGGACAUUGACGAGGGCGUCGUUGACACGACAGGAUAAUGCGGAGAAGGAUUUAAUUGUUGGGAAUGAGUUGGCCAAUCGAAUGUCCUUGUUCUAUGCCCACGCAACCCCAAUGCUACGUGUUCUCAGUCACGCGACCAUUACUUUCUUGAUGGACAACGAAGAUAUACCGAGGGAGAAUAUCACUGAAACUCUUGGGACUAUGGCUAAGGUCUGUCUGAGAAUGUUGGAAAAUCCCAAUUUAUUGGCGCAAUUUCAACGUGAAGAGACACAAUUAUUUGUAUUGAGAGUUAUGGUAGGCCUUGUGAUACUAUACGAUCAUGUUCAUCCUCAAGGUGCAUUCGUCAAAGGUUCGAACGUUGACGUUAAGGGCUGCGUGAAAUUGUUGAAGGAUCAGCCGCCAUAUAAGAGCGAGGGCCUUUUAAACGCGUUACGUUAUACGACGAAACAUUUGAACGAGGAGAACACACCGAAAAAUAUAAAGAAUCUAUUAGCAGCAUGAUUGCCGAAACAACGCGGUUGCUGCAUCAGAAGUUGAUUGUUGGUGGCCGCGAAUAUUCUGGUACGAAAGUCUCUAAAUACGGAGAGGUCUCUAAAUCAUUUUUUAUCGGCGUCUUACUGACGGACACAACGAGUUAGCUGUGAGAAUGAAUGAACGAAUGAAUGAAUGAACGAACGAACGAACGAACGAACGAAAAAAAGGAACGAACUAAGGGGGAAAAGUAGGAAGGAACGAACGAAAGAAAUAGAGGAACGAAGGAACGAAGAAAAAAAAAGGGAAGGAAGUAAGGAAAGGAUUGAGGAAGAUAGAAGAGAAAAGAAAAGUGAAGACGGGGGAAAAAAAAAGGAACGUAUGUCCGUGUGUACGCCAUUGAUUAUCCCUUGUGACCUCUGGAUCCUAGAAAAAAGAAAAAAAAAAAAAAAAAAAAAAAGAAAAAAAACACCACCCCUCUAUUGUGGAUGCUGACUAUGGCUAACUGGACCACGAAGUCUUUCGAAAAUGCGUUAAAAAGGAAAACAAAACAAAACGAAAAAGGAAAAAAAA